AUGAAAGUCACGUCAGCCACUUGUCGCCAGCACGCGAUAUACAAACGCGAAUUGAUCGGUCAGUCGCCCUCUUGUUGCUUCUUCAUCUUUAUUAGCCGUCGUUGACGAGUGAUACUCGUUUCGUACGCCGUUAGUCGCGAAAAUGCCUUUCCCGGAUACUGCCAACGGUCACGACAGUCUACCAGCCACUAAGCGAUCGAUUAAUAACGACAGUGCGAUGGAUACAAACGCGAAACAUGUGCGAAACACGUAUUCUUUCGAAACGUUGCAAGAGUCCGCACAAUAUUUGUUGGAUCGCAUAAGGAUCAAGCCGAAGAUAGGAAUUAUAUGCGGUUCAGGACUGGGUUCAAUUGCGGAAUCCCUUGUGGACAAGCAAUGCUUCCCAUACGAGGAAAUUCCACAUUUCCCGACGUCCACGGUAAAAGGUCAUACUGGUCAAAUGGUCUUCGGCUAUCUUCAAGGUGUGCCGGUCAUGUGUAUGCAGGGCAGAUUUCAUUAUUACGAGGGAUACCCGCUUUGGAAGUGCGCCAUGCCGGUCAGGGUGAUGAAGCUGGUGGGUGUUACACAUUUAAUCGCCACGAACGCGGCCGGUGGUCUAAAUCCUACUUAUAAAGUUGGUGACAUCAUGAUAAUGAAGGAUCAUGUGAACAUGAUGGGUUUUGCUGGAAACAACCCGCUUCAAGGACCGAACGAUGACAGAUUUGGUCCUCGAUUUCCACCGAUGAACAAAGCUUACAACGUCACUCUAAUGGAGAUCGGCAAACAAGUCGCUGAAGAAAUGGAUAUCAGUAACAUUGUGCAUAAAGGAGUCUACACGUGUUUGGGUGGACCUAAUUUCGAGACGGUGGCGGAAUUGAAGAUGCUGAGGAUGAUGGGCGUCGAUGCAGUUGGCAUGUCCACGGUUCAUGAAGUGAUCACCGCACGACAUUGCGACCUGACUGUUUUCGCGUUUAGUCUCAUCACUAAUCAGUGCGUUAUCGAUUAUGAUGAUCACUGCGAGGCUAACCACGAGGAAGUAAUGGAUGUCGGCAAAGCACGACAACCGAUUCUUCAGGAUUUCCUCUCCAAGAUCGUGUUGCGUCUUAAGGACAUUAUGGAACUAAAAAAGAAAUGAUUGGGUUGUGAAUCUUCGUGAAAAACAGCUCGCUUUCCUACGAGGGGUCCCCGACUGUUUGUUUCGUCCUCAUGCAGAUAAAGCUUCCGAAAGUUUUAUCCCUUAAGGAUUAGAAAAUCGAUAGUGCAAAAGUAACGAUUCAAUGAUAAUCAGAAGCAAUGUUUCAGUAUCAUUAUUUUUAAGUAUUCAGUAUGGUUUUAUACUAAUCUUGAGUUGAUUUUUAUUUAAUGCAGAUGUGUCGCGAAGCCAUGUGUAGACUUAAUGUACGUACGUGCAAUCUAUGGAAGACAGAAAUGUAACUUCAAUAUAAGUAAUAUGUUUAUAAAAACGAUAUCACGUAAAUGCGAUCUAUCCGGAAAAGGUUUAAUUUUUAUGGGAAUAUACAAAAUUGUUAUUUUAAUUGUUUCUUUAAUUGUGAUAUUAAUAAAUGCAAUAAAAUCGUAGCAUCCCUUUAAAUAAUAAAUCUUACUUAUGAUUUACUUAUGAUGAUACUUUAAGAUUUCAACUAUUAACGAUUAAUAUUAGCGGCGAUUAUUGCUAGAGAUAUUAUUGUUGUUAUUAUUAUUAUUAUUAUUAUUAUUAUUACUAUUAUUAUUAUUAGUAUAGUUUUGAUCGAUGAUGUUACCGACGAAAAAUCCAGAUCUCGUUAUUUGUUAUUCGCGAAAAAUACAUGCAUACUUCGAGAAAAUAUAAAAUG